CUAGUGUGUAUCGGCUAGGGCUAGAUCUAUCAAUGUUUUCAAUCUGGGCCUACUAGAGUUUUAACAUUAUUAUAGAUUCUAUAUCUAUAUAUUAUAGAUAGACGUAAUCAAGAUAGAUCUAGAUCUAUCAUCACAAUUCAAUUUUUAAAGAUAAAGGCAAAGGGGUGUUACUGGAGUGUUAGACUGGUAGACUUAUCCGACUAGACUUGAAUAGAGUCCAGUCUAGUGACAAGUCUAGUCACUCUAGUGACUCUAGUACUCUAGUCAAGAUUAUAGAUUUAUACUAUUUAUAGCCUAGUGAUUAGUUGAUAGAUCUAAUUCUAAAUCUACUCUUGUUGUAGAUUACUCUAGAAAUCUAGAUUUUAAUUCAUCGCAUUCUGAUAGACUGAUUGUAUUGUUACUGACGGUGGACCGUGGUGAUACUUUGAGAGGCAUGCUUUUUAUCACAGUUAAGUAACCAACAUGCUGUCCUACAGCAUACGAAAAGUUCUCAUCACUAACUGGAGAUCAGCUAAUCUUGGGCAAGAUGUAUUUCACUUUGGAAGAAGUCUGAUUUGCUCAAGGUGUUAUUCUUUAGUAGCUAAGCAUCUUUUGCCAAAAAAAGGCAAGGGCAUUGAAGACAAAAAGUCGCACCAUUUUGUGGACUAUUUGGAAGUAGAAGUACAAGGGGGUAAAGGAGGUGAUGGUAUGCUUUCAUUCCAGUCUCUACCUAAGAAAGAGUGGGCUGGACCAGACGGUGGCAAUGGAGGCCAUGGUGGCCAUGUUAUUUUUAAAGCUAGUCACAAUAAGAAAUCCUUGAAUCAUCUAAGCAAUAAAGAGAUGGCACUCAAUGGAAGAAAAGGACUAUCAAAACAAAGAGAUGGAAAAAAUGCAGAGCAUCGAUAUAUUGAUGUGCCUCUCGGAACUGUUAUAAAGGCAAAAGAUGGGCAACUGUUAGCUUCACUUGACAAUGAUGAAGAAUUUUUCAUUGCUGCCCGAGGUGGCGCAGGGGGCAAAGGAAACUACUUCUUUCUGAGCAAUGAAAACCGAGCACCUGCCAUUGCUGAAUUAGGGGCCCAAGGACAAUGCAGAAAUCUUUAUUUAGAACUGAAGACCAUGGCAUAUGCUGGCCUGAUUGGCUUCCCAAAUGCUGGUAAAUCUACUUUGCUUCGAGCUAUAUCACGUGCACAGCCCAAAGUGUCUGCUUAUCCUUUUACAACUCUAAAUCCCCACAUUGGAAUGGUUCAGUAUCAGGAUCAUGAGCAAAUAGCUGUUGCGGAUAUUCCUGGUCUUAUUCCUGGAGCUCACCAGAACAGAGGUCUCGGCAUCUCAUUCUUGCGUCACAUUGAACGCUGCUUGUGUCUCAUUUAUGUGAUUGACCUGUCUAUUGAGGAGCCCCUUGAACAACUUAAUUGGCUCAGGUUUGAGCUAAAUCAGUAUCAGCCUGGAUUGGCCGACAGGCCGAAUCUCCUGAUUGGUAACAAAAUUGAUGUCAUAGGAGCAGCUGAGAAACUGGAGUAUCUAAAACAAGAAAUGAAUAAGAUCAGAAGUGAGGAGGGAAGUCAUAGUCUUACCAAGACAAUGCCUGUCUUAGGACUCUCUGCUAAAAAGUUUAUUGGAAUAGAAGAAUUUAUUGAAAAUUUAAGGUUGAUGUAUGACACAUAUAAUGAAGAAAAUACAUUACAAUGUAAAUAAAACCAAUUACUAUCUGGCUUUGUUUAA